GCGCCUACGCGGGAAGGAAGGAAGGCGGGAGAAACGCUCCAAGUACUGAGAGGCCGCGCCGUGCGAUGCUCUGGCGCCGGCCGAGGGGGAAAUCGCCUGAGAUGGAAAGUGACAUCCAAAAACGGAGGAUCCAACUAACUGGAUUUAAGAACCAAGAAAAGAAGGCCCUAAUCAAAUUGCUUCAGACACUAAAAUGUGUUUUUUUUAACACUACAGAAUACAGAGAUUGCACUCACCUUAUAGCAAAGAGGCCUUGCAAGAGUGAAAAGUUCUUAGCAGCAUGCGCAGCAGGAAAGUGGAUACUAACCAAGGACUACAUAAUUAAUAGUGCCGAAAGUGGCAGAUGGCUUGAUGAAACAACUUACGAAUGGGGAUAUAAAAUCGAAAAAGUCUCCCAUUAUUCACCUCAAAUGCAAUCUGCACCUAAAAGAUGGCGCGAAGAGCUGAUACGCUCUGGUGCUGCAGGGGCCUUUCACAGAUGGAAAGUUGUCCUCCUUGUUAUGAAUGGUGAUAAACUAGAGGAUUCUUUGAGAAGAGUUCUAGAAGCAGGAAAAGCCACAGUCUAUGCAGGAUUAAGUACACCAACGGACAUUACUCAUGUGUUAACUAAUAAUCCAGCAUUAGAUCAAGAAAGAGAGAAGCAUCUCAUUGGUGUGCCAUACUGUCCAGUUGGCUAUUUAGAAAUUUAUCUCUUAGAGAAGGAAAUUAAAAGUGAUACUGAAAAAUACCAGGAGAACCAUCUUAAACCUGAACAGUCAAGACAGGUGAUGACUGGCAGGCAUGUUGCUGAAAUGAAAAAUGAACUUAUAAAACAUAUAUAUUCUGAACAGGCUAUGCUAAGAAAAUAUACUCAAAUAGACCAAAUGACUGAGUGCAGAAAUGUGGUAAAAAAUACUCGCUGUUCUGGAGGAACCAACAAUAUACUUGAACUAGUAGAUGACCACUUAUUUCCUAUUGCAAUCUCAGAAUUUUUAUCCGGAAAAGAUCUGAUUCCUCCUGCUAAACUUGUUCACUCUCUUCUAGAGCACAUACUUCAGGGAAAUUCAGACCCUGCACUUCCUGUUCAGUUCUUUCAUAUCAUGUAUGCUCUUCUUCAACACGAUCCUCCUUGGAAAUCACCUUCUAUGUUAACAUACUACCUGGAAGUUCUUCAGUGUCCUGUUUGCAUGAGGGGAACAUGGCCUCUGAUAGAGAUGCUUGUGAGGUCUUGCCUUUACUGCAGUAAUAUUUGUCAUUCAGUCCCUGUUACAGAAACCACAGAUGAGGCAAGAAUGUUUCACAAAACACUGUUAAUGUUUCUUAUGAAUUUGUUCCAAGAUGAAGUAAUAGCAUUAACAAGGAGUUUGUGUGAAGAAGAUUCACAGCAAGCACAAGUGAUGCCACAAACUGUUCUUCUGGAAACAUUCUGGUUAGGAAGUGAAUCGGUGCUUUUCACAAAACGUAUAAAGAUUCUAGUAGACUGGGUCAUAAAUUCCUAUAGAGAGAAGUACAAGACAGAUGAUAUCGUCAAGCAUGAAGUAGCUGACCUGUUGAACAGAAUUUUAGGAAUUGUGGUCGAAUACUGGAUUCUUUCAGGGUUCCUAAUAGACAAAAAUAUGUUACAUCCUGUAGCUGCUGAUCUUGCAUCUUAUAUUGCCAUUUCAUGUAAUGAUUUUUCACCACAGGAAUUAAAAACAUUCAUUUCUUCCAUAACAUCUCUGUGGCUUGAAAUGUUUGUUGCAGAAGCAGUUUUUAAAAACUUGCUAUUCCAAACCAACACUGUUGUUUCUACUGAAUUGCUGUCUCUCCAAAAAAUGGUUUGUUCCUAUCUGCCUGCUUUACAAGCUGGGUUGUGUGAGCCAAGGAUACACAAAGCAAAGAAAAGGAAAAUAGGGCAAUGGCCUUGCCCUAAGUCUCAAAGGGCAUUACUGAUGCUAAAUGGUGAUAAGCAGAACCAAGCCGAAGUGCUGCCUGAUGUACCUAUACAAGGCACUGGUAACUCUGCUUGUGUUCAAAAGAAAUUGGGAAACAAAGUUGAAGUUGAGAUGAUGCACAGCAAAGAUAACCAUCAUUUUUCAGCGAAGCAGGGGACUCUUGACAAGGUUAAUGUUAAAGGAGAGACUGCCCUGCAUAUUGCUUGCAAAAGGAACAAUGUGAAGAGAUUGAUUCAUCUUCUCUCUUUUCCAGGAAUAGAUAUUAACGUUAAAGACUAUGCUGGCUGGACGCCUUUGCAUGAAGCUUGUAACCAUGGAAACACUGUGUGUGUCCGUGAAAUUUUGCAUCAUUGUCCAGAGGUAAACCUGUUCAGCCAAGUGGAUGGGGUGACUCCUUUGCAUGAUGCCCUUAGAAAUGGACAUGUAGAAAUUGCCAGGCUUCUACUUCAGCACGGGGGACCAGUGUUGCUACAGCAGAAAGAUUCUGAGGGGAACCUGCCACUGGAUAUCAUAAAGUGUGAAACAACUAAGCAGCAACUUUUGCAUCUUGUUAAUCCAGAAGGGACAGUUGAGGAAUUACAUGCACAAGUGGAAAGCAAUUUUCAUAAAACACAGACAGAAUUUUGGACAGUCUUAUAUUGCAAGAUGUUGCUGAACUUUUGUUCUGUAUAUAAGCUAUUUAAGCCUUUUUCUGUAGCCUUUAAAAAGCUAGCCUGCUCCAAACCGUUGCUAAUGACAGCUGAUCGUUGCAAGUUUAAUGUUAGCUCUACCCAUUGGUUCAUAGAUCUUUAUUUUAGAGAGCUUGAAACCUUUCGACAUCUCCCAGUGUAUCUUCAGAAGAUGAUUGAGGAGCUUAAAAAGGGCACAGGUGAACAGCAGCAAGCUUUUGCAGCGACACUACAGCAAAUUUCAGUGGAAAUCCAAAUGUCUAACUGUUAUUUGGCCAACUAGCUUCCAAACUAGGUCUGCUUGCCAAAAGCUGAUAGUCUUAACAAUGGGGUAGCUAAUGUGAUAUCUCCAGAUGUCCUUGGACUCCAGCUCCCAUCAGCUCCAUCCAGCAUGACCAAUGAUAAGAGAUCCUGGUCUAACAUGUUUAUCAUCUUCAACAUAUAAGCAUAAUACCCUUGCUUGCUUGAGCUGCUGAUCAGCACAAGGGAACUAAGACUGCAUUUGCCUGAUUUAGCCGUAACACAAAACUGGCUUCCUACUACAAUGUGAGCAAGCUGCACUGAGUAUCAGGUUUGCACACUUGCCUUUCCCAGAAGAGAAAACCAGAAUCGUCUGUUCCCAGUUUUGCACUAACCACAUUUUCCCUUACGCUGUUUGAACUCGGGGAAACUUACUUGAUCCUGUCUUGUUCCCACUAAUUAAUUAAGCAAUCUGUUUUCUCAGAUGCUGGCUUGUCCUCACCAACUAGUUUGUAAACAAACUACUCUCCAGGCUCAGACGUCAUAGGGAACUGAAAGUGGAUGCUUCUUACUUGGGCACUACGGCACAUUCCCAUGCUGGGAAACUGGUUUCCCACCAGCUGUGAAACAGCCCAUAGUCUCUUAAAAUUUGGGUGGGUGAGCUCCAGCAACGAUUGUGGCACCAACUCAGGGGAUCCUUUUACUCCAUCCUAUCAAGCAACACUUCAUUUUGUUGGCUACCUCAUUUUGUUGUCUGCAAUCACUAAUCCUGUAUAAUAUUUUUGUUAAUAAAAUUUUUGUAAUGUGAUCAAUAUUUGAAUAGAGUACUGUAUACUUGGUUCAUUUACUUUUAGGAGGCAAUAUACUACCACAAUCACACACUGCAUUCACAAUUUAUUUGAGAAUGAAUAAAGAUGCUCUUGAUCCUAA